GUGGGUGGGUGGGUGGGCGGAACCCAGUGCGGAUUGGUUUUCCCUCUCGCUCCAGAUCUGGUGGAAACACCAUCCUACGCCGAAUUUCGAGUUCCGAGUUGGCGCGAGGUCAUCGUGGGGGGCUUUGGAGUUGUGCAGAUGGGAGGAUGCAUGUGUUGCUCCCUCCGUCUCCUCCCCAGAGACGAGGCUUCUCGGGUUUUGCUGACGCUAGUUUCGUAGAGGAGGCCCUUGAAUCAGGGAGUCGCCUUGGGCUAUGAGGGUUGUGGUGCAAGAGCGAAUUGAUGGAUUUCGUGAUGCUUUGUCAACAACCAUGAAGAGAGCCGCUUGCGAUGAGUGCCUCAGUCAGUGCAUUUCAGCUUCAAUCGUUUCUUGUCCUGGAGUUUUGCCCCACAUGAGGUUUAGGAUCCAUCAUGCUUUCUUGAAUUCUGCUGGUGUUGUGAGGUUUUGCUGCUAACUCGGGAGGACGAGUUUGCGGUGGCACAGAUUUGGACAAGUGAUCUCUCGAUAUGAACUUGCUGCCUAUGGGAUUUUUGGUGGAUAGAAAUAGGGCACAAUCUGACGGAAGGUCUGUCGAGACUAUUCCUGAUGGUGACUGGAAGUUCCGAGUCAAUUGUGAAGCAUGUUAUAAGAUUUAGAGAAAUCCUGGACGUUCAAGAUAAUAUAGAGAAUAUAUUCGUCUAUGGUUACUGUGAACGGAGAGAAGUAUUGUUCUUUACUAAACUUGGGAUCUGAUAGCCAGGAAUGGCAUCUUCCUCGAGUUCUCCGUGCGCCGCAUGCAAGUUCCUGAGGAGGAAAUGCACUUCGGAAUGUGUGUUUGCGCCCUACUUCCCACCCGACCAGCCUCACAAGUUUGCCAAUGUCCACAAGAUAUUUGGAGCUAGUAAUAUCACAAAGCUCCUGAACGAACUCCCCAUGCACCAAAGGGAGGAUGCGGUGAAUUCUCUUGCAUAUGAAGCGGACGCGCGUGUGAAAGAUCCUGUCUACGGGUGCGUGGGCGCUAUAUCAGUCUUGCAGAGGCAAGUGGCGCAACUGCAGAAUGAACUAGCUAUUGCGCAUUCAGACUUAGCGAGGUAUGCAAGCGCAGGAAUGGUUGUUCCAUCCGUGGGCCAGGGGGGAGCGUCAUCAUCUUUAGGAGUAGGAAUGAAUCUUUCCCGAGGACAGCCGAACCGUGAACAAAUGCUCACGAGGGAGCAGUUGAUGGACCUUGCCAGAGAUCCUUCACAUUUGUCUAGAGAGCAUCUCAUGGAACUGGCUAGAGGUGGAGGAGGAUCUUAUGAAACCCUUCAAGCCCUUGGUCUUUCUGGAGCCCUAGGACCACUCGGACCAUUUCCAUCUAAUCCUAGACCGGGAGGGGAGAGCGGAAACAGGAGCGGAGGUGAAGGCGGGAAUGGAGGUGGGGGUGGCCGUGGCGGUGGGGGUGGAGGUGGAGCUAGCGGCAGCAACACUGGAGGACAAGUGACCUCGCCAUGAUGGCUAUGAAUGGGGUGCUGUGCUGAGAGUGUUUUGAAAUGAGUAGAAGCAUUAGCCGAGUGUUCCGGGCGAGGGGUUUUGAUGUUCCGAUGCUCUGGAAGAUUCAGAAGGACGUAGCUCAGAGAUAAACCGCUCGCGACGAACUUGAGAGCAUGCAGUUUUGACGGUGUCGAGUCUUAUGGAUUUCCUUCAGGGUCUAAUAAGGUCUCUUAUCCUGUUUGCGCCAAGGUCUGACGAAUUCGUUCAGGGGGGUUUGGAUAUCCCAUAGUGGUAAACAUUGAGACCUGCCGUAUUUAGGAAGUGCUGUUCGAGAACUGCUUUUGAGUAGGUGCAGGUCCAUGCUCUCAUGCUGAAGGAGCAGCCGCUUCUGAUGCCUAGGUGGUUUGCAUGCAGUAUCCAAGGCUUUUCCAAUGUGGCUGGGUUUGCCCUGGUUUGCGAGUAUAGAAUGUCCUUGAUCACAUUUAAUUCGUGCCUGGAGUGCGCUGAUCUCUUAGACACUCAAUCCUCGGCACAUACCAAAGAUAGAGGCUGUUUAUACCAGUCAACGAGUUUGAAAACUGUACUGGCUAGCUCGAUCUUAAGCAAGAUGCUACUCUCUGGACCGGACGGCUCAAUUACUCUUCAUUAAAAAAGCAUCGAAUAGCUCGUCGAUAAUCUCGUUUGCAGGUCAUGUAGGGUCGGUUCUUCAUCCCUAAAAUGUGUAUUUGAGUUGGUUCGCUUCGUUGUAUUCAGCGAGUCGAUGAUGGGUGUGGGGAUCGAAGUUCCAGUUCGGCUUUUUUCACGUAGUAAUUGGAAAAAGGUAGUGUACCGCGAUACCAAUCGCAGUGUCACUACAAGUUCAUUCCCGUGUAAUUUUGAUACUUGCACUUUCUGGAUUGGAGUUUUGUCAUGUAGUGAAAAGUGUUCCGAUGUUCUUUGGGCCAGUGAUCAUCAGGGUUCUAUCGGACUCAUUCAAAUGGUGUCCUGAUAACUUGUUUCUGAACUUUACGCUUCAUAGUGUCUUCCUACACACGUCAAUAACCAAUCUAUAUUCCUUUUUCAUUUCGCAUUGUGACUGGGUUGCUUCCCAAAGGACAUAUUUAUGAGGGUGACAUCAGUUUGUGAUUCUUUAGCGGGUUAAAGUAGCUCAUCUUUGAUAUUGGACCGAAUAAAACGUUCUUGAAUCUGGAGUUCCUGGCGAUUGCUAUCUCAACACUCGGCCGCGGCCGUUUUCUUGAUGUGGCGUUUCGAGGAGGUCAUCAGUGGUGCAUUCCGCGCUUUGAUCAGUCAAGGUGUGAAUCUAAACCUUCGUCAAGGGCCCCACAUAGUUCAGUGGUGAUUGCUGUUAAGAACAUUUCACUACUCUGGAUCAGUGUUUUCCGGAUGUACGUGCAGGUACCCUUUUAGUCAAGCAUGACAACAUAGAGUCUAUUAAUUUCUGAUAAACACCUUUUUGAAAUCGUGUCACCUGUCUAGAACUGUCAGCUUGAACUACAGCAGUUUAGUGCGGGUACCUGACUCUUGGAAGGGAAACAGUUGAACAUUAAGGUACCAGAUAUGGAGUUGACCUCCGAGCUGCACUUUGGGUGUGGUCAUAUUCGGCUUACUAUUAAGUUGGCUGAAUUCACCGUCGUUUUAACACCGCAUGGAUGAUUGAAGGUUA